AGCCUUUUUGCAAUGGAUUUUUUCCAGGGCUUUGCUUUUGCAAAGCUUAUUGCAGGGUUUUGCUGCGAGGCUUUUUAAGUAUUCUUUGAAAGGCUUGCAGGGUUUUGCUGCGAGGCUUUUUAAGUCUUCUUUGAAAUGCUUAUAGCAAGGCUUCUUGUUAGACUUCUUUCGAGUUCAAUUGUAAGGCUUAAUGCGAGGCUUAUGGCAGGGCUUAUAUCGAGGCUUUUUGGAAGGCGUUUUAAGACGCUUUUUAAAUAAUUUCAGGUGGCUUUCUUCAUUUUAUUUUUGCAAGGCUUUUUGCUAGGAUUAUUGCAAGGCUUAUUUAAAUGCUUUCCCAAGGCUUGUAAUAUGCUUUAUGCAAUGAUUGGGCUUUUACGAGACAUUUUGAAAGGCUCCUUUUUGCGAUUUUGUGAUUACUUUUCUUACUUUUUUUGCCACUUUCUGCAAGGCUUAUUGCGAGGCUAAAUGCGACUCUUAUUUGUGUAUGCUCAUUAAAGAAAUUUUUACAGUGAUACCGCCUUUUCAGCUUUAUUUGUCUUAAAGAAAGUAUUAAAAUAAUUUGUAAUCACCUAUCCCACAUAUGACUGUCAUCAUUGUAGCCUUGACUGGCAUUCGUAAUUCGAUCAGUUAACAAAUACACAUAAUCAACAUUAUUACAGAAAUAUUCAGUUCAUCGGAAAGCUAGAACUCAUCCACAGAGAUACAAGUCCAUUUUAAGAAACCAUCAAAAUGAGCAAAUCAAGCGCGGGGAAUGAGCGGAAAACAAUGAUUCUGGAAAAGAGGAAACUCAUGGAAGACAAAAGGAUGAGCAUGGGAAUGAGGUCCUUCUUCGCUUCUUUUAUUGGGAGCAAUUUUCGACUAAGCACAGAGACGCGGUACUCGUUUACAACCAUGACAAGACGUCAUAAGUUUGAUAAGCAUUUUAUUGAUGCUAACUAUAAAGUACCAGAAGAUGAAGUUUACGAACCCAUUUAUAAAACCGUAUUCGACGACGACAGGGACCCAGUGCAUGAACCCACUUUCUCUGGGCACCGCAUCCCACUGCAGAUAAGAUGUCUGGAACGCUAUCACAGUUCAAAGAGGGAGUACGCCCAGCAGUUUAAGCGGGAAAUAAAACUCCUGAUCGACAAUCAACCGACGGCCGAAAAUGCAUGGCAAUUCGUUAGGACGAUGGCCUAUACUUCACUUUGGCCUCCGCUGCACACAAGAAAAGAACUCAAGAUGUUUGAAAAAGACUUUUGCAAGCUUUCUUCGGAUGAGCAGCGUCGCUACGAUAAAAUAAUGGCAACAAAUUUUACAUAAAAUUUGUACGUAGCGUUAAACUUGUAAGAUAUUUUUAACAUAGUGUAAAAAAAUGAUCACGAUGGGAAUCAGAAAAAAUUAAAAGAAAAAUGCAGAUUACGAAUCAUAAAACCUCCUUUACACAUGCACAUCAACACUCUUAAGAAUAGAUAAGUUAGAUAGACAGUGAUCUUGUGGAAGUUAACCUUAAGUUUAAGCACAUUUUGACUUACAUAAAUAUUUCCAAGCGAACUAGUCCGACUGAAAC